AGGGAGCUCAGUGCCAGUUCCCCCCGGGGAUGUUUGGCUGGUGUUUGUUUAACAAAGCCCUUUUCCUUCCUCUGGCUUGUCCGUGUUAUCCACAGCACUGUGUUGAGAAGCCCACAGGCUCAGCGCACAGGGGCCGGGGGAGGAGCCACACGGGCCCUUUUUACGUUUUUCAAAGACUUUAUGAUUAUAAAUGAAAAGGAGUCGCUGGCUUCCUGUAGUAGAAAACAAAGUGUUUACCCUCCUGUGCGUCUGUGAUGUCCAUGUCCAGUGCUGCUGAUUUUCUUAGACAGAGUAAUGAGCUUGGCUCCUGUGGUAUCAAAUUAUGGCAACAAGCACUGAUCGCUGCACACAGAGAAUAUAUGACCGGUUGGCAAACUUCACUUGGUGUGAAAGGUGUAAAUGUCUGCUAAAUCUUUCUCGCGAAUAGUUUGGAAAUAUGUAUCUCACUGUGUGUGCGUGCGCGCGUGUGUGUAUGUGUGCGUGCGCGCGCGCGUGUGUGUGUGUGUGCGUGCGUGUGUGUGUGUGUGUGCGUGCGUGUGUGCGCGUGUGCCUUAUAAGGUGCAUUAAACUGUGUGCCGUGUGUGUCAGUUCUGAUAAUAGAGAGCGUCAAGCUCACCAUUUUGCCGGGACAGCACGUGGCGAGUGGCACCGACGUGACGCUCCGGUGCGACCCCAAAAUCACCUCCGGUACCGGGAUGCCCCUGAAGCACAGGUACACCUUCUACCGGGACAGCAACCCGGUGUAUGGCAACGCCACCACCACCGCCAGCUCGCUGCCCUACGUCAUACGGCAAGCCCGGGUGGCUAACUCUGGAUCGUACAAGUGCAGCGUCGCAGUGAACGAAGAGUACAAGGAGAGCGACCUGGAAUCUCUGAAUGUCACAGGCUUGCAGACCCCGGUCCUGCUCCUCAGCAAGACGACGGUGACCGAGGGAGAAGAGGUGACAGCCUCCUGCAGCGCCCCCAAUGAAACCGGAUCCUUCUAUUUCUACUUCUUCGAAGGAUCGAAGGAGCUCAAGAAAGUGCCCACCUCCGAAAACCUGGCAAAAGCUCAGCUGAAGUUUAGCUCUCCUGGGAACGAGAGCGUGACCUGCCAGUACGUCAUCUCCCUGCAGCCCGACUUGGUGACCUCAAGCAGAAGCAAGCCGUCCCGUGUUUACGUGCAGGAGCUGUCCAUCAGGCCCCACAUUGAGGUAACGCCGAACACGAAUGUGAUCGAAGGCGACGCCCUGCAGAUCGCGUGCCGUGUCAACGCGUCCCGCCACAACCCAUCGGACAUCACGGUGUACGUGUCCAAGGAUGACAUCAUGAAGAAAAACGGGAACGGCAGCAUCGUCUACAGGACGACAGUGCAGGCCAACGACUCGGGGCUGUACGAGUGCAAAGCGAAGAUGGGAGAGGUGGUGAAGGCCGUCAGCAGAUUCGUGGUGGUUUCAGAACUGUUUUCGAGGCCAGUUUUGACGAUGGAACCGCCGGAGGCGUUCGAGAAGGAGUCCUUCUCGCUGACCUGCUACAGCCACAACAUCUCCGACCAGCGGAUCCAGCGCGACCAGGUGAAGUACAGCCUGUCCAGGAACGGCGUGGUUCUGACGCCAGGAGACUUCAGUGGGAAAUUCAACACCACGGCGGAGGCCUACCGCAACGGCAAUUACUCCUGUGCUGCAGUCGCCAAACAUAUUCGAAAAUCCAGCAACGUUGUAGUCUUCAAAGCCAAAGUCCUCGUCUCCAAGCCGUCGAUAUUCGUCCCGGGUAAAGUCAUCGUGGGGAAGCCGUUCCAGAUUCACUGCCACUGUGAGAACGGGAGCCUGCCCGUCAGCUACACCCUUCUGAGCAACAGAGUGCCCCAGCCGCCCGUCCUUCUGGUGCGGCAGCCGAACAAGACCGCCUCCUUCUGGGUCACCGUGAGGAGGAAGGAGGACGUCCGAAACUUCACCUGUGAGGCCGAGAACAACGGUCACUCCUCGAGGAAGCAGAGCCAAGUGCUGGACGUUGCCGUCACAGAACCCGUGUCGGUUCCCACGCUGCUCAUUAUGCCGAAUUUUGGGAGCGUCACUGAGGGGGAGGAGCUGUUCCUGGCGUGCACCGUCCGGGAGGGCUCUCCCCCGUUCACCUUAAAGUGGUACCGCGACGGGUCGGACCAGCCCCUGGACACCCUGAUGACGAAGGAGAGGACCGGGCUGCACGUGCUGGGGCCCGCCAGGCGCGAACACACCGGCGCGUACCGAUGCGAGGCCGACAACCCGGCCAGAGACGCCAGGAGGAGCGAGCUGGUCAGAGUGAGCGUGAGCCUGGCACGGUGGAAGCUGGUCCUGAUCGUUGUCUCCUGCAUCCUGCUCCUGACGGUGUUGAUCGGUGUGGGAUGCUAUCGCUACAGGGCACAGAGAGGUAAAAGAGAGACCGCCACAGAACUGUCAGUAAAGCCUUCGAGCCCUAAAUCAGAGGACUCUCUCACUGUGAGUCUUGCCCACGACACGGACGCAUAUAACGCUCACACAGACACUGACGACCAGAGCAGUGUGGAGACAGCGAAGGAGCCUGAUGUGGAAUACACUGAGGUGGUCCAUCCACAGCCAGCAGACGGGUCACGAGGGCCGGUGAGAAGAGGCACAGACACCGUGUACAGCGAGCUCCAGAACUCGCCCGCAGGUGUAGCUGACCCACCUGGCUAUCAGGGAUCCAUGGAGUUCGUCCAGCUGAACCAUGACCUGCCGGAACCAGUGUAGCCCUCACCUUGGUGGACGGAUUGCCCCGGGACACUUCACACCCCCCCCCCCCCCCCAACCCAACCCCUGAACCCCGCCCCCCACCCCACCCCCAGUGGCCUCUCUCUAUGCCUCGGAAUAUAUGGGAUAUAUUAUAUAUAAUUCUGGAUUUACAUCGCAACCCCCCCCCCCCCCCGCGUUCCAGUUCGGAUCCGCAUCACUGCUGGAAGCUGUGCUGUAAAUGAUGCUCGGAAACGGCAUUGAGGUCUCAUAAAGGAUAAAGGGUGUUAUGAAAGAAACUCAGGCCACCUAUGAAAACUUCAUAGUUUUAAAUGUGUUUUUGCUGGAAAUGAUACUUCUACUUUAUUAUAUCGACACCUUUUUUAAAAAAAAAAAAAUUAAAAA